AUGGCACGACUUCUUAUAGUGGCCCUGCUGUUAAGUUUUUGUUUUGGUCAAGUCGAGGGUUUAAACCUUGCGUAUAAAAAACCAACCUGGCAAUCUUCUGAAAAGUAUUCCUCUGACAACGCCGUUGAUGGUUUUAUAAAUCGCACAGCAGUGAGCAACCAGUGCGCUAUAUCUGAAGCCUCACCUAUUGAUAUCACGUGGAUGGUUGACCUUGAGGCCAUACAAAGUAUAAUUUAUAUAAUUAUACAUUACAGAACUGAAGACGAACCAUUUGCCAAUAGUAUCCAUGCAAGCAGAUUCCUCGGGUUCUCUGUCUAUGUGUCAAAUACAACGAACAAAGACGAUGGGCAAUUAUGCUACCAUGAAUCAAACCAAACAAAUAUAUUUGAGACUAUGAAGCUUACGUGUGAAGUACAGGGCCGUUACGUGAUAUACUACAACACACGAAGAGGGAAUGAACACAAAAAACCAGGCUUUUCAUCGAUGGCUUACGUUGAAUUGUGUGAAGUACAAGUAAUUGGUUGUCCCCUAGGAUUUUACUCAAUGGAUUGUGCUAAACCGUGUCCUCAUGGUUGCCGCCACUGUAGCUUUCUUUACGGGACAUGUCUUGGAGGAUGCAACCCGGGAUUUGAGGGUCAUCACUGUGAUAUUUAUAGACGAAUUAAUUUAGCCCUGCAUCGUCCGACUUAUCAAAUCUACACAGGACUCGCUAGUCACCCUAGUUCUCAACUUGUCGAUGGUAGAAAAAGUUCCUUAGCAAUAAGGGACGGUCAAUGUUCAGUCACCACGCCUGGUCAGACAUUUGCCUUGUGGAGGGUAGAUCUCCAAUCUGUUCGACGGAUUGAACGUGUCACUAUUUACUCGUUAACGGAAAACAAACCAUGGGAUUUAAACAACCCUUACAUUGCAAGAUUACUCGGGUUUUCAAUUAUUGUUUCGAACACAACGGAUCUAAUAGAUGGCGUUGUUUGUUUUCAUGAUGAGAUAUACACCAAAUACACAGUUCCAUCUGUUUUGGAUGUAUUCUGUUCUGCGAUUGGUCGAUAUGUCAUAUAUUACAAUGAGAGACUCCCGGGAAUCAGCUAUCCAAAGGAUUACAGUCAAUACGCUCACAUUGAUCUAUGUGAAAUAGAAGUUUACGGUUGCCCAUUUCCAGAAUUUGGAUACGAUGAUCCAAAAUGCACGGUUCCAUGCGACGAAUUGUGCAAACCAUGUGAGUAUUUUGUAUGA